AUGCCAUCGCGACAAGAGUUAGCCGCUCCUUCCUCGGCACCGACACCGGCUCCGGCUCCGGCUCCGGCUCCAUCAAACAAGAAGAAGCCCAAAAAGAUAACCGGCCCUCCUCCCCAUUCUGAACCUUUCAAGCGCCCGUACCAUGUAUCUAAGGACCGCCCCAUGUCUUGGUAUCGGGGCGACGCCAACCGAAUUUUUCUCUGGUCUCCAUUCAGUAAGGCCUUCCCCCUCCUCCUUCUCGACAAGCUUCCUAAGCUCCAACCAAGACCCAUCAGUGACGAUGACGAGCCCAUAGCCGUAAACGGCUUCGAUGCCACAAAGAAGCAUUUCUACGCUGCCCAGGCCAAGUGGGAACGAGCCGUGGAGAUCAUGGAGGAAGAGGGACGACGGAUGGUCUACUAUGGAAGAACGAUGCACGAAGAGGCGCAGGCGUGUCAUAAGUGGGUGGGCCAGGUUGGCAAGAUGACGUGGGAAGGGCAUCAUGGAAGGAUGAAGAAUUAUGACGCCUUCGAGGAGGCAUUGGAUAAGGUCUGUAAGAUGAAUAAGAAGGCCGUGGAGACGGUCGAGGAGGUACAAGAGUCCACCAAGAAAUGGCCGGUGGAUUUAUAUGCCAGAGGAGGGCUUGGGAGGAAGAAGAGGAAGACCCGACCAACGACGAUGAAGAGGACGGAAUCAAAGCGGUGGCUUCUCUGCUCUUUCCUCGGUUUUAAGGUUACAACUAGCUAG